AUGGACAAUGGAAUAAGCUUAGAUUUAGAUAUAGACGCUUGUUUGACAAAUUCAAGUGUGAGCACUAUUGCUAGAUUUGUUCUUUCAGGUUUAUUUUCAAAUAAUUCGGAAAUUCAAAAGAAUGUUAUUGAAACAUGUUUCGAUGUUAAUGCUGUUUUUGAAAAUCCAAUGAUACUAGUUGAAUCACGAGACAAAAUUAUCAAUCAAUUCCUCCUGCUUUCAACAUUCUUUCAUUCCAUAACACCGGAAAUACAUUCAGUUACUAGCAAAAAGACAGAAGAAAAUCAUCAUUUAGUUUGUAUUGACUCUUUGAUUAAAUAUCGUCUUCCGCUCCCCUGUUUACGCUCGAAUGAUAUUACUCAACGUGUAAUCACAAAGUUUGAAUUUAAUGAACAACAAAAGAUCGUGAGGUAUGAAGAUAUUUGGAGUUUAAAGGAUAUGGUGGAAUCUUUACCAAUUAUUGGAUGGAUUUAUACAAGGAUGGCAAGGAAACUCAAUGGGAUG